CAUCCCGCGUCUCUCCACUGAUGCUGCUGCAUCACCGGCAAACUGCGUUUUCCUGCCGCGAUGGAUGCGUCUAUCAACCGGUGAGCCGCAGCCGGACUUUGGCAAGGCGACGGACCAACAACAGGCGAAAAUGAUACCACACACACCAAAAGGAUAAAAGCGCAGUUACAUGUUCUAGCCAUGAAUUUUAGGAGCGUCCUGUUGGUCUUCCUGGCAGGGAAACAGUGUCAGUGAAUCCACCACCGACAUGUAAGCGCUGGAUAAUUUCUGCCGUCUGCUCACUGAGCGACAUGAAAAAAGGAUGGGCCCUUCGGGUAUGUAGACCAUUAUUGAUUGGGGCCAUGUUUUAAGGAUAAGGAUAUCAUCUUAACCACCAUGAAAGGGUUAGGAGCCAACCGCAGCCGCCACCUGUCUGACUCUUAUGAACCAGCAGGGUGCCCCCAAAAGGCCCUCUGUCCUUUAACCCCGGGCCCUCACAGCUCCUUUCUGUUGAGCCCUGCUAUAAAUCACUAUGGCACCCUGGACGCCCAUCUCCCCCAGUGCUCUCUCAACAGCCCCACCACUUUGACCCCUGACUGCAUACUGCCUUUCAACCAGAUGUCAAAUAGCAGCACUUUCCCUCGUCUCCAUUUCACUACUACUGACAAAGUUGACUGCCCUCAGAGCUGUAUGGCUGGUAGUGGUGGAACUGGGCAAGGCAACAGGGCAGGGAUGCUCUCCACCUCCUUGUCCAUGGGUAUGGGCCUUGGCCUGGGCCUUACAGGUGCUCCUGUGAUCACCAGUGGUUCAGCUACCAUUUCCUCUUCAGCAGCCAACAAGAUGAAUCAGUUACCUGCUAGCCUUUUGGAUCAGUUAGAGAGGCACCUCCCCUUACAGCGUGACGGCUUCAGUACGUUGCAGUUCCACAGAGGACGUAUAUCUAAGCAGCGGAGUGAGAGUCCAGGACGCAUACGCCACCUGAUGCACUCUGUGCAGAAGCUAUUUGCCAAGUCCCAAUCUCUGGAAAACUCUGCAGUUAAAGGCAGCAUAACUGGACGUUCUACUGGCGGAACAUCUGGUACCACAGGGUCCGGUGAUGAUGACUGUAGACCAACCCGCAGGAGCAAGAGCAAAGACAGGGCUAAGGCUGAGGUGUCAAAGCAGAAACCUAGGCCAAAUGUACUGGGACUCUGGAGCUCAGAUGAUGCCUUGGACGCUGAUGCUACCAAAACCAGCACUAUUGCUGUAGCCUACCGCAACCCUCUAACCAUGAUGACUCUCGGCAGGGCAGUGUCAGACAGCCAGGCUCCCCCGAGACACAUCUCACAUGGUUAUAACACAAUUUCUACACAUACUCUCAAGACCUCGAAAAGCAGCAGUGACCUCAAGUUUUUGGCAUGCCCAGUGUCGCAGGUGACAUCAAAGGAAGAGGAGGGAAGUCGAACCCGGACAAACAAAGAGGAGACUUUUGUGAAGCGAGGCUCUUGGUCCACUCUCACCAUCAGCCAGGCCAGGCAAAUGUUGCAAAAGGGCUCUACUACAGUCAACAAGACCUUGCUUAAAUCAAAGUCAUGUCACCAGGAUCUGACACACCAAUUCCUUCAGGUCCCCCUGGGGGAGUGGGCUGGAACUUUGGGUCGUGGUCACGGGAGAGGAACCGAGAUCCCGUGUCGGAGGAUGCGAAGCGGCAGUUACGUGAAAGCUAUGGGAGACCUGGAGGACAGCGAAGAGUCAGAAGGGAGCCCCAAACCUUCACCUAAAAGUGCUGCCCGCCGCCAGAGCUACCAGAGGGCCACCCAGCUCUCCCUGAGUGAGCAGCAGCCACCACCACCACCACGCAAUUCCCUCCCGUCCCUGAAGGAGCUGUCGACAAAUCGGAGCCUCGAUAACUUAGACUGUCUGGUGAGCCCGCUGGAGCCGCCUGCACACUACAGGAAAAGUAAUUUUAGCCUGUGCACUGGCACGCUGGGCAGAGCUACAGGCACUCAGGUAUGCAGGCAGGGCUGCGGACAUUCAGUGCCAUAUCGUGAGGGAGAAUCACAGGCUGUGGAAGCUCUGGAUCUGCCCGCUCCUACUUGCUUCCGGUCACGUAGCCACAGCUACCUGCGGGCCAUCCAGGCAGGCUGCUCCCAGGAUGAGGAUACAGCCUCCGUGGACUCAGACUCACCUCUGCCAACUGCCACAGUAUUCAGCUACAGCUCAAGCACGCUCAACAAUAGGAAGGCUCCACCUCCAGUCCCACCCCGCACCACCUCUAAACCUCUCAUCUCCGUGACAGUGCAGAGCAGCACAGAGUCAGCCCAAGACACAUACCUUGACCAGCAGGACCACGGCAGUGAGGUCAACAGUCAGUCAGGACGCAGCAAUUCUUCUGACAGUCUUAGUAGCAUCCGCACUGAUAGUCGGGCUAAAGGGAGUCAGCCGGUUGUCACUGCCACUGCACCAGUUGCAGGCUCGAUACAACCUGUUCCAGCCCCUCGUGAACUCCAUUCCACCACCAUCUCCAGUCCUGCUGCUAUCACCACCACCUCCUCCACCACCCAAAUCCAUAAUGACAUUCCAAGUGUUUGUAUCACCCUAGACCCCCCACCGACUGCAUCGAAGAGGAAACUUUCUUCUAUUGGCAUUCAGGUGGAUUAUAUCUUGCCAAGUCCAAGAGAGGAAACGGUACCUUUGGCUACAUCCCUAAAAUUUCAGUCAAUUGGAGUGCAAGUGGAGAACGGCAGGCCUCUCAGCCGGGACAGCAGCAUGGCCUCCAGGCAAAAUACAGAGACUGAGCCUCAGGAGCUACAGGAUGCCGCACUAACGGAAAACAACACGGCCAACUGCACCCACAGUCACAAAUUAAAUACCACAUCAUCAAAUGGACAAGAUAGAGCCACGGAAGAACAACCCCUUAAGCACACCUCUGACCGACCCAGAAUAUCCACCUCACCACUUGAGGCUCUGGACCCCGCAUUGGACCCCUCCUCAUUACCACCACCAGAUCCCAGUCUGGAGAUGGGAAACUGCAGCAGCCAUGCAGAGGGUGUUCAGUCCAGCAUGCUGGCCUGUCUCAGAGAUGGCAACUGGUUUCUGAAGCUGCUACAAGCAGAAAUGGGGCGCAUGGAGGGCUGGUGUCAACAAAUGGAGCAGGAGACCAAAGACAACAAGCUAUCAGAGGAGGUGUUGGGGACAAUCCGCAGUGCUGUGGGCAGUGCCCAGCUACUCAUGUCACAGAAGUUCGAGCAGUUCCGAGGCCUCUGUAAUGAGAACCUGAACGCAAAUGCUAAUCCACGACCAACUGCACAGGACCUUGCAGGGUUCUGGGAUCUGUUACAACUUUCAGUAGAAGACAUCAGCAUGAAGUUUGACGAGCUCUACCAGCUUAAAGCCAACAACUGGCAGCUUCCUGAGAAACCGGAGAAGGACGAAAACAAGGAGCUUCCAUCGUCUGUGCCAAAGAAGCAGCCUAAACCGAAGCUGUCAUCGGGUAAAGAUAGGAGUGUGGACUCAGCUGUGGACAAGCAGCGGCAAGAGGCGAGAAAACGGUUGAUGGCAGCGAAGCGCGCAGCAUCAGUACGACAGAACUCCGCUACAGAAAGCGCCGACAGCAUCGAAAUCUACGUCCCAGAGGCCCAAACCCGCCUCUGAAAGUCAACCAGCAAGGACAGUGGGGGGGGGAGACUCACCUCAGAUAUUUACUGACAUAAAUGCACAGAUCUGUGACGACACAAACACACAGAAGUACAACGGAUGCAUAGAGGCCAACCCCUCAGAGCAGCACAGCUGAUGAUUGGGGAUCAUAGGGCAUCGAAACUACCCAGAAUACAGACUCUUUCCGUGCUGCUGUGGGACAGAAUGAACCUGACGGAUGUUUCAUAUUAUGAUUAUUGUUGUUAUAAUAAUUAUCUCCUAAAAUAGUUAUCAGAACUGUCUUAAUUGUGAAGUAUGUUGGAUUUGAAAACAUCUCCUGUACUUAGUCAGCUGAAGAAUCUUGGGACCCCAAAAAGUUUACUCUGUGAACUCCUUUCACCAUCAAGUCUCUGCCGGCAAAUAGUGUCUGCCUGGUUUCCGAGCUGAGCUACCAUCCACACACACUCAGGACCCACAUGCAGGUGUACUCUCUGUCCAGAGUCUUCCUGUUCUCUGUUUGUAUUAGGCUGCCACUCGUCACGUGUGGUGUGUACGUUUUUCUUUGUAACAAGUAUCAGUUGGCGUUACGGAGGUUCAAAAUGCAAAGAACCAGAGGAAGGCAGUAGCAUAUAUAUAUAUAUUUAAAGAAUAAAUUUAAAAACACACUAUUAAAUGUGCAUUUUGUAAAUGUUGUAUACCAGAUUAUUUGUUAGAAAGAGGUCUGUGUUCAGUACUGGGGUAUUUUUUUUUUUUUUUUUUUUUUUUUAUAUAGAUCGCGUACAUGUACUGUCUUGGUAUAUAAGCACUUAAUGCAAUCAUUCACUCCAUUUCUUGUCUCUUCCUCUGCUUUUCAUAAGCGCACACCGACUGAUGUCUGUGUGGUGCCCUUGGUUAAAGUCUUAAUGUUUGUUUUUGUGAUGGGAUGCCAGGAAUUGCUGACAUGCCGGUGAGCUACAGAUAAAUGUAUGAAAUGUACACAUUUACCACUCAUUUCGACUUGAUCGUUGCACUUUUCCAUUCACCUCAGAUCAAGUAUGCCCACUUUUUGUUUUCCUAAUCAUUCUUUCACUGCAUCUCCAUGGGAUGUAGGGGGCCAAGAUAUUCACCCACUUUAUUGUAUAUGGCAUUCCCAUUCAACCAAACUGGUGGGGUCGGGGUUCACAUGCUACUGGAAAGAGAAUGAUUAACUUUUAAAACAUCAGCGCUUUUCAUUGAGGUAGUUGAUGAUGAAAAAAAUAAUUUGGCUUUAAAAUGAGUAAAAUCUCAAGCUCUAAUUUAAGAGCUUUAUUUUUAUAGUAGGUGUAAAUUAAUUGCUCAAACACAAAGAUAUACAUUUGCUUAAUCUAAGUUAUGUCAACUAGUUCCAAGGGAUGGGAAUUCAUGGAAUUUAAUCCAUCAGUGUCCUUUUCAAUUCUGAUCAUCAGUUCAAUUCUUUACAUGUUCCUGUUCAUUUUUCUUUGUGGAAAAAUGUAGAUCUACACAGGAUUUCAGCAUCAAUGCAGCUGGAUGUGAUGACCCAUGUUUUCUUUCAGAAAACCAUGGCAGUGUUGGGAGAAAUUGAGGUCCAAGACAUAAUUCUGAUGGAUUGUAAAAUUUGGAACCAGUUCUUGAUUCCUAUUCCCUACAGGUUCUGCAAGUCUUGGUUAUUUAAGUGGAGAAAGCAAGCUGCAAAAUUGCUUAAAUUAAUUGCAUAUGUUUCGUAUUUAAGGGACCAAUUGACAUAACUAGGUUGAAGUAAAUUCAUAAUAGAGUGACCUUUAAAGAUUUAAGAAAAUCACUCUUGGUGAGUGAACGUUAAUUGUUGAUUUCACUCACCUUUCCAUUAGCUUGAACCCCAGCCUCGUUUCAGAGUUUAUGACUGAAGAACUGUGGUACAUCUGUUUAAUUUUGAUGUCAUUUGACUUUUUUAAUGACUUUAACCCCGAAUAAAGAUGCCUGAAAUAUUUUUUAGAAUAAAUGAAUGGUGCUGCAAGGGAUUUGAUAAGCCAAGAUGGCAGCUGUUCUUAACAUUUCACUAUCAUAUGAAGUAAAAUAGUUUUUUCUGCUGUGGGCUUUUCAUCCAUUUCUUUGCAUCUGCUCAGUACCGAUAAAUUCUGCCUGGUCUCCAAUGUGACUUUCUCAUUGUGGGAUUUCCUUUUUUUUUUAUUAUUUUUAAAUCAAAUUGAAACACGUGCCAAUGGUACAUGAGUAGAGCUGGCCACAUGCAUAAGUGUAGGUUGAUUAUUUUAUUUUCCUUCUUUCCAGUAAGAGCUGGCUCUUUCCCUACUGAUCAGUUUUUAUGUGAUACUCCAGGGAUUGUGUACUGUUUUAAUAAGAAAUGAAGUUGAACUGGGAAUGCUGACAGCACCAAGUUGUUGAUUUCUUUGUAUUUAUAUUACAUCAGCUGUAAACACGUACAUUUUUCAUUGUCUAAAGAAAUCAUUAAACAUCCCUUUGGUACAUGUCCUGGUCAUGUCAUACUGUCUUUUCAAUUGAACUCAUCCAUAUUGUGAUGGUAAUAUUAGCUAAGUUAAUAUUACAUCAAUAAAUCAUUAGCACUAGACCUUUGUGUUACUUUGUGAUCUUUAAAAGCAUGACUAUUUUGUUAUAA